AUGAGCGAGCAAAAGUCCCGCCCCGCAAAACGCGUCUCAAACGCCUGUAUCCCGUGUCGCUCACGGCACAUGCGAUGUGACUCGGCGACCCCUGUUUGUUCGCGGUGCCAGGCAGAGGGUUCGCGGUGUGUAUACAUCAAGUCGAGGCGUGGUGGUGUACGUCGAAGCCCAGGGCAGACUGUACCUGUACCUGGAGCUGUACCUGGACCCUCCCAUCCACAAUCUCAGCAUCAGCCACACCCACACCCGCAGGCCCUGCCCCAGCAAAACCCACAGCAACAACUACACCACAGCCUCCAGCUGCGUCUCCCAACCGGAACGACAACACCGACCUCGCUUUCCUCACACAGCUCCCUAAACCGCGAGACGCAGACGCAAGCGCCAACAUACCCAAAUAUCCAACCGCACCCCCACUCGCUCUACGAAGAAAGCACCGCCGACGCAACAGACAACGAGCUGCUCAGUCUAUACUUUACAUACUUCCACGGCGCACACCCCUGCGUCCUCCCGCAAUGGUCCCUCCGUCUUCGCGCAGCGCUCCAACCGGAAUCCCUGGAGUUGCUCAUGCCCGUCCUGCAAUACAUCGGCUCCCUCUACACACCCAGUAUCGACUCCGCCCCCCUCGAGACCAAGAUCCUCGACACACUUUCUUCCCUCCGCUGCUCCGGUAACAGCUUCUCCCCCUUUGACAUCCAAGCCCUCCUUUUAUAUGCGGUAGUAGUAUACUGGAACGAUGAGAUAUCGCGGUCUCUCGAUCUGCUCGAUGAAGUCAUCGCGAAUGCCGUGAAGAUCGGUAUGAACCGUGCCGGGUUCGACAGCAGCCAUGGCGAAGGCGAUCCGAUUCUCGAGGAGAGUUGGAGGCGCACGUGGUGGGUGCUUUAUCUUACUGCGACCCAUGUUGCGGGGAGCACACAUAGUUUUCCGAGUAAGGUAGAUGGGAUCUUUGUUAGUGUGCGACUGCCGUGUGAGGAGGAGGUUUACGAGGCGGGGAACAUCCCAAACCCACCAUCAAUACCAGAAUACGAAAACCGCGAAUUCCACCCCAACAGCACAUCCUUCUCCUCCUUUGCCGAAUUAAUUGGGAUAGCGCGCAGUCUCGACUUUGUGCUCUCCGAGCGCUGGCAGACGGGCACCGAGGCUGCGAAUCGCGUCUGCGCGAAUGCGGACACGACCAUCCUCGCGUGGCUUCUUCUCCUCCCGCCGCAGAAGCACAGUCUUGUUCGAGGGGAUGGGUCUGUGGACCAGUUGUUGUUCAGGGCGCACAUGUUGGUUUACACAUACAUCGUCGACCUGAACCGCGAACUCUCCUCGCUCCUGCACACAUCCAUCGAAUCCAUCUCGCGCCGAACCCCGCGCGCGCCGCCAUUAUCCCGUGACCUGUCCUGGUCCUCCUCAACAACCCCAGGCCCGUCCUCCUCAUCCACCGCAAACCCCUGGUCCUCGCACUCGUCCCAACCAGGCCCAACAGCAAUCCACCUCCACACGACAAAAGUGCUAACCGCAAUCGAGAAGAUGAACGCCCUCCUCACCCUGACCCUCCCGACAACGCAGUUGGCGACGCAUAGCCCGUUUAUCAUCUGUAUGAUUGCGAACACGGCGAUUGCGCAUUUGAGCGCGUACAAGUGGGUGUAUGCGGGGCCGAGACUGAGUAUUGAGAGGGAACGUAUUAGACUUGUUGUUGCGGUGCUCAAGAGGAUUAGUGACAUUUGGCCGCUGGGACGGCGGACGUAUCGCGAGGUUGUUGUGGUUGCGAGGGAUAUUCUUGGGGGUGCGGCUGAAGGGUCGAAUGGGGACGGGAAUAAUGGGAACGACAGUGGGAAUGGGUUGGGCGGGUUUGAGGGGUUGGGGAUUGAUGUUGAGGUUGAUGUGGGCGAGUUUAUGCAUGAGGGCUUUGACGUUGGCGCUGCAGAAAAGGCGGUUGGGGAGGGAGAUAGUGGUGAGGGGAGUAAGAGUCGGUGACUUGUUUGUGUAUUGUUAGCAUCUCCGCUCUAGAGAAAAGUAUAUUA